GUAAUACCUGUUCAAUACAUGCAAUACACGUGCGUUUUGUGGGGAAAUGUUAGCUAACAUACAAUUAUCAGUCAAUUUAAUUACAAUAUCAGCGCUAAGUCUAUGGAUCGCAAUCUAAGCACACAAUUGGCUGCCAUUGCGACCGGUGUUGGCGUUGGAGUCGCUAUCGGUUGGCUCCUGAGGGCUAAAAUACACCACUCGUUGGCCAAACAUUUGGGCAACAAAUCCAAAGAGAUGGCCGAACACGCCUUCGACGAGAUAAUGGGCGCCGAAUGUAAACUCGUAAUUGUGGUCAGAAGUGAUCUCAAGAUGGGAAAGGGGAAGGCGUGCGCACAGUCUUCACACGCGGCCGUGAUGGCUUACGAACAGAUCCGCAACAAGAAGCCAAUACUGAAUCUAUGGCGAGCGUCGGGUCAGCGAAAAGUUGUGGUGAAAGUGGACACCGAAGAGGAGCUGUUGGAAGUGGAGAGAGAGGCGCGCAAAGCGGGUCUCGUGACGAGUCUUAUACGCGAUGCCGGACACACUCAGGUGUCUCCCGGCUCCAGGACUUGUGUGGGCGUCGGUCCCGGACCCACACAACUGGUCGACAAAGUGACCGGACAUCUCAAACUCUACUGACCAGUUGAUCCACUCAUCUAUUAAUUUAAUGAUUAUUUGUCUAUAUUUUGUGUAAAACUAUAUAUUUUUAAUACAAUACUUACAUUCAAAUGAACAAAAUAGACGAUUAUUUUUUAGAUUUUAAUACAAAACAAUUGAUUAUUAAUUAAUUAUUCAAAUAAAUUAUGAAUACAUUAAAGAUAUUACAAAAAA